AUAAUAUAAAUUGUUUUUCUAGCUUCUUACAUUCAUCCAUGUGGCCGUAUAGAACCGAACUACGAACAAUGCCUUGCGAGAAACUUUGAGGACAUAAAAUAUAAGAUCUGUUCAGGGAUGCCGGAACUAAAUGUUCCACCACCCGAGCCACUUGUUAUUGACAAACUAGUUAUUUAUGACACUGCCAGUACUAAGUUGUAUCUUAGAGAUGCAAAAGUAUAUGGAUUUUGUAAUGCUGCCAUAAACUCCAUUUACACAGAUUCUGAUAGGCAGCAUUUCGAGUUUGAUCUCAGUAUUAAGCAUCUUCGUAUGAACGCUACGUAUGACUUUGACAUACACAUACUGACGCAGAUUACUCACAAGGGAAAAGUUCACGUUACUACCGAUUUCGCAAAUGUAAAACUAGGAAUAGAUUUUAAAACGACAACUAAGAACGGUGUUAAACACGCAUAUGCGUCGAAAACGAAAGCGCGUCUCGACGUCAAAGAAUUCAACUACGAGUUCGAUGAGACCGAAAAGGAAUUAGUUGACUUACAUAAAAUACUUAAUAAUGUCGUAACCACCAAUGAAGAGGAAAUGAGGAGAAAAGUUAUACCGUCAUUGGAAAAAGAGAUCUCCAAAAAGAUGAUAUCAAUUUUCAAUGAUAUGUUUCGACAUACCCGUUAUGAAGAAAUAUUUCCCGAAACAACACAAAUUAUCUAGAAUUUUGUGGUCUACUUAGUUUGCUUUUUGCAUCUUGCAUCUUGCGAGGUUGGUCACAAAUUUUGUCUCUACAUUUUAAAAUUUACCGGAUAAUGGAAAAAAAUAUCAUUUUUAUUAUUAAUACAUUGUUAUGUUAGAAUAACAGCGUAUAUUUGUAUAAAUUAAUAAUUAUGUACUUUAUGUCUGUUACUAACAUAUGUUCUUUGUGUCAUUUCAAAUAUCUUUAUCGAAUCAUUUUUAUCGAAAGGGUUUUAAGUAAAAAAAUAUAAUGUUACAUGAUGUUAUAAAAUUAUAAAAAAGUAAAUGUUUAAUAAAGAUGCAACAUACAUUUUUGUUCUGUA